AUGCAUAUAACAAAUUCAAAAUCUAUCUAUGCACACAUUCACUCACUCAGUCCAUCGGACAAGCCUCAAUUCAACCAAGUUUCGAGACCAACCACGAGGUCCGCAUCAUACUCGAUAAAACCACCUAAGGGGGUUUAUCCAUCACAACACACCAAACACAAUCACAUAGCUCCCCUCAUACGACGGGACACACCCGGCCUCGUAUGGGGCCUGUCAACACGCCGGCUAAUCCAAAGACGCGUGCGACCUCACACUGGGCCUGGCUACAUUCUCACCAGCCCUCACACAAUCAUAUCUCCCCUCAUACGUCGGGACGCACCCGGCCACGUAUGGGGUCUGUCAACACGCCGGCUAAUCCAAAGACGCGUGCGACCUCACACUGGGCCUGGCUACAUUCUCACCAGCCCUCACACAAUCAUAUCUCCCCUCGUACGUCGGGACGCACCCGGCCACGUAUGGGGUCUGUCAACACGCCGGCUAAUCCAAAGACGCGUGCGACCUCACACUGGGCCUGGCUACAUUCUCACCAGCCCUCACACAAUCAUAUCUCCCCUCAUACGUCGGGACGCACCCGGCCACGUAUGGGGUCUGUCAACACGCCGGCUAAUCCAAAGACGCGUGCGACCUCACUCUGGGCCUGGCUACAUUCUCACCAGCCCUCACACAAUCAUAUCUCCCCUCAUACGUCGGGACGCACCCGGCCACGUAUGGGGUCUGUCAACACGCCGGCUAAUCCAAAGACGCGUGCGACCUCACUCUGGGCCUGGCUACAUUCUCACCAUCCCUCACACAAUCAUAUCUCCCCUCAUACGACGGGACGCACCCGGCCUCGUAUGGGGUCUGUCUACACGCAGGCUAAUCCAAAGACGCGUGCGACCUCACACUAGGCCUGGCUACAUUCUCACCAGCCCGCACACAAUCAUAUCUCCCCUCAUACGUCGGGACGCACCCGGCCACGUAUGGGGUCUGUCAACACGCCGGCUAAUCCAAAGACGCGUGCGACCUCACACUGGGCCUGACUACAUUCUCACCAGCCAUCACACUGUUCACUUUGGCCUGGCUACAUUCUCACCAGCCAUCACAUUGUCACUUGGGCCUGGCUACAUUCUCACCAGCCAUUAUAUUGUCACUUGGGCCUGGCUACAUUCUCACCAGCCGCACGGGUUUAAGGGCCUCGACAUAAUCACAAUAUGGGAGGGUACGUGGGGUAGUGCGUAUAGCACUGUAAACUAA